AUGGAUAUCGACGAUAUCCUCCGAGAGGUCGAUCCCUCCUCCCACGGCAUCCCCCUUGAGACUCGCGACCUGCAGGCCUUGACGCGCCUUUGGGUUGCUGAGAGAUCAGCUCCAGAGCUGCUAAAAUGGCCUGCAGAUGGCCUGUUUGAGCGGGUCAAUUCCAAGAUCAAAUCUCAGAUUGAAAAGAUUGAAGAUAUGACGGGCGACAUGGAUCCCAAGACCAACUUUGCUCUCAUUGUCAUCCAGACUGAGCUGGAACGAUACAAAUUCCUAGUGAGAAGCUAUCUCAGGACACGAAUAGCAAAAAUCGAUAAAUACACUCUUCACUAUCUAUCAACUGAAGAACUAAGACAGCGCCUCUCCCCUACUGAACUGGCAUAUGCCACAAGACACCAAGCCCUCCUCCACAACCACUACCUCUCAUCUUUCCUAUCCUCAUUCCCUCAGCGCCUCCAGAACCUCAACGACACGGCCGGCAACGUCAGCAUGAUUGAUUCCCCAGACUUGGACACGGCGGUAUUCAUACGGUUAUUGCGAGACAAGGACGUCUUUGGCAGGGGGACUGAUGUGGAUAGCAUUCUUCCGGCGGCAAGCGGCGAUAUUCUCAUUCUGAGGUGGUCGAGCGCCAGGGAUCUUGUUGAGUAUGGGGAUGCGGAGCUUGUUUGA